AACAUUUCAGAGCCCCUGUCGGUUCCGGGCACAAGUAACCGUGCAGAACUGACUGCCGUGCUCUAUGCGAUCCACAUUGCCAAGGAAGCCGGUUUGAGUAAGUUAGAGGUCCGUACCGAUUCGAAGUACGCCAAGAAUUGUGUCACUGUUUGGCUGCCGAAAUGGAAAGGCAACAAUUGGCAGACAACCGCGAAUAAAGAUGUCCUGAAUCAAAAUGAAAUCCGAGCUAUCGACGAAGCCUUCAAUUAUGUGGAAGUGAAAUUUAAGUGGAUACGAGGUCAUUCCAAAGAAAAAGGAAACGAAGCUGCGGAUCGAUUGGCGAGGCUGGUUAGAAAGCAGGGUAAAAAGAUUUCUACCGAAGUCCGGUUAAAUCUUGUCCCGUCGUGCUUCGAAAAUUCGGAGUGGAAGUGUUCUCCAUUGGUCUCCGUGCGGUAUUACGCUGAUUGGUCUCCGUACGCUGGUCAGAAGGUGUCCGCCGCGGGAUUUACAAUUCUUGGCGUGGGAGAAUGUGAGCAGCGAGUGUCAAGGUUUAGUUUGGCGGAGUACAGGAAUUUCAAUACUCCGGAAGAGGCGGAAAAUUACAUGAAUGUUCUGGCACGUACCUUGAUACCAGCCAUUCUGAUUUCGGUAGUUUAUCUAUGC